UUUCUCUCUCCUCCUACCCAUUCAUUCAUUCGUUCGUCAGGAGAGAGAGAGAGAGUCGUGGGCGCGCGUCCCCUAGCCUAUCUCCUUCUGGUUGCCCGGCGGUUUUACACUUUUACGGCUGGGAUUGGGAUUGGGAUUGGGUUGGCUGGGUCUGUUGCGGGGAGGAGCUGAAUCCAGCAAAAGCAUGGGAGCUAGCUGCUGAGCUGCGGCGGCGGCGGGCGUAUCUUCAGGUAACUUUAUUCUUCUCCUCACUGCAUAAUUUCUGCUCUGCUGUUAAUGAAGCUGGGAGAUGAAACUGGAAGAAAAUCGAAGUUUUGCAAUAUCCGCUGCUUCUAGUUUUCUUGCGAAUAGCAGUCAUUAUGGGGUCUGCAUCAGUGACUCUGAAGCAAAAGAAACGAGUGAAACACACAAAGAACAAGUACUUGAAGCCUGGCGCACUGGCUCAGAUUCGUUAUAGUAGGAGCACAAGCAGGGAUAUAGGGAAGAAGCGGAUUCUGUUAAAUGGGGAGAAGGAUGAGCUGGAGAUAUCACCACAGGCUGAGGUUGUCUUUGAAAGCACUACACCAAUUAUGUCCCCAAUAAGGCUCAAUUUUGAGCCAUUUAGUGGCAUUAAGGGACUAUUUUUGCCAAGAACUCCAAAGACUCCUCAAGCAGCUGAAUGUGAUGACAAUUCAAGACUUGAAUCACUUCCACUUGAUCUGUUGAUCAAGAUUGUGUGUUAUUUGCACCAUGACCAGCUGAAGGCUGUUUUCCAUGUUUCAACAAGGAUCCGAAAGGCAGUUGAACUGGCAAGGCAGUACCAUUUCAACUACACUACUCCAGAUCGCAGCAGGCAGGAACUGCUCCAGAACAAGACCCCUCUCCCAACUGAGCAUUGGCCUUUCGUGAGUAGAAUAGAUGGCAAGGAUGUGAGGGUCGCCACCCCGAGAACCCCGAAGGCUCCAAAACAUGGUCCUCGGCAUUCACGCUUCAAGCUGCUUGAUGUGAAGCCAAUCACAGCUGUUCUUUUCCCGGAUUCAUUGCCUUCAAAGCGUCUGCGCCGUUUGAUGCCACCGGGAUUGCCAAGGCCUGUACCAAAAGUCGCAGCCUCUCCUAGAGUUCUACUAUAUGAGGAAGAGCUUUGCGAAGCGGUGGCACAGAAUAAGCUUCUCUGAAUCUCCAAGAAGUCUGCUGGGUGUGAUGGAUUGGUAUCCGGUCCACCUCAUCUCAUAAUGUAUAGUAUGCCAUGUCCUCUGGGUGUGAUUUUUUUGCCUGGUGGCACCUGUCUGCCAUCUUGGAUAAUCAUGGUCAGGUUAGGCAGUCUUAGGUUAGUCAUUAGCCUAUCAUAUAAUAUUAUGCGCAUAGGUACCGAGUUUGUUUUGUUCUCUGGCUAUGUAUAUACUCUAUGGUACACAUAAAUGUAGUGGUUAAAAGAAGGCUUCA